AUGAUUAACCGCUUCGGUGUUAACCUGCUCGGGGAUUUACCGGUAACUGAUAAACUCCGGCUCAAAUUGCAAUACGCACCACAAGUUGAAAACUACACCGGUGCUGACGGAAAACUUAACGAAUUCGAUGCGUUUAGCGACGUAGUCUUAACCGAACUGAGUUUCCAACCCGUUGCGAAUUUACCACCUCUCGUCACCUCCCAUCAACUACAACGCUUCGUGCGAACUUCAAACGUCUAUAACAACAUCGACAGACAACUCGGUCUCCGCUUCGGGCGCGUCCUGGAAUACAACCUACGGUUACACCGAUUCGACGAUGAAGAUACGCGAAGAGAGGACUUCCUACUUGUCGGCUCUACCAAUCAUAAAAUGACUGGACGCUUGCAAUUUGGGAUUCUUAAACAGAUCCUCGGUAAACUGGAAUAUGGGAUAGAGCAUAGUAACUACCAAACCAAUCUGAACAAUCUUAUCUUAGGUAUAACAGGACUUGACGACGAUGAACGUCGAAAGGAUUGGCGACACAUCAGUUCCGCAAAACUGAUACAGGUAGCAAUGGAUAGACUCGUGUUCCAGGAAGAGAUUAACCUAUUUCUGAAUCGUUCCAAUGUCGAUUUCUUUAACUUCGUCAGUACCGAGGUGGCAGCGAGUUCUUUUUACCGACUUGAGACAGGACGAUGGAUUCGGCUUCGAUUCUCCAGAUUGUGGGUACAGUUUGAAGGCAGACAAAUUCCGGACGAGAUCGGCAAUAUACCGGAAAACGCACCAAACCGUCGCGACACACAGAUAGGUGCGAAUGUGCAGUUGAACUGGGAAUUUAAUCCAUAUCUAACACUCAACGCUGAUUAUCAGGUUACCCAGAACCGCACGAAUGAGAUAGAUCCAUUGCUCGAUUUUCUCAACUACACGCAUACCAUCGCGACCGUCACGCUCCGCGGUCAGUAUUGA